GCAUCUCAUUUCAGUUUUGACUCUGAGCUGCAAAGGACUAUUAUUGAGUUUUCAUAAUUGUUUAGUGUUUGAUGCUGAAUGGCAACAGUGUGGAACAGCACUAGUCCUGAUUGGAAGGACCAAGCACCCAGCACAACAUAUGAUUACUCUGAUUCUCCUGAACCAUGUGAUCUUGGAACCCAUGCAAGCCAUUUUCUCCCAGUGCUCUACUCCUUGUUCUUCGUGGUGGGCUUCUUGGGAAAUAUGCUGGUGCUGUGGGUGAUCCUGAGAGGUGCUCAGAUGAAAAGCAUGACUGACGUGUCUCUCCUGAACUUGGCCAUAGCUGACCUCUUCCUAAUCUUCUCUCUCCCCUUCCUGGCUCACUAUGCCCGAGAUACCUGGGUUUUUGGUGGUGUCAUGUGCACUCUGGUCCUCAGUGUGUACCACAUCGGUUUUUAUGCUGGCAUUUACUUUAUUGUGCUGAUGAGCAUUGACCGAUACUUGGCAAUCGUCCAUUCUGUGUUUGCCUUGAGAAUCCGAACAAAGGCUUAUGGGAUUUUAGCUAGCAUGAUCAUCUGGAUUAUAGCUAUUGCAUCAUCAUUUCCUGAGCUACUGUAUCUUGGUGUCAAAACUUAUAGUAGGGAAAUAGUUUGCAGUGCUUAUCCACAACAGGGAAAUCACAAUGAUGUGAGAAGUGCAGCUUUCAUAAAAAUGAAUAUUUUGGGCCUGCUAAUUCCACUGAGUAUCGUGGGAUUUUGCUACUCAAUGGUGCUACGGAGGCUUCAGACCCUUCGUAAUUCCAAGAGACUGGCCGUUCGUCUUGUUGUAGCGGUCAUGGUGGUCUUCUUCUGCUGUUGGACACCAUACAACAUUGCAGCAUUCUUCAAAGCACUGGAACUAAAGCGCAUCCUGCCUCCAGGGUGUGAACUCAGCAAAAGGAUCCAGUUGAUACUGCAAGUCACUGAAGCUGUGGCAUACUCACACACCUGCCUCAAUCCAUUCCUCUACGUGUUUGUGGGUGAAAAGUUCAGGAGGCAGCUCGCCAGGCUUCUCCUCCAGACACCAUGCAACCAUGUGCAGUGUAUGAAGCUCUACAUGACCCGGGCUGCAGCCUCUGUGUAUUCACAGAAUACCACAAGUGUAGAUGAACGCUCAGCUGGUGUCUGAAUGGAGGAACAUUUUUUUUUUUACAACUCAGAAUAUGCAUAAAUGACUUUCAUUUUGUAUUUGCAUGUGUUAUAUACUGUAUCCCUGCUUUUAGGUAAAGAUGAUAAACAUGCUUUUUUAAAAUGCAUUGUACACUCUCAAAAAUGUUAGCUGUACCUAUAGCACUUUUAACAUGUACCUUUCACCUGAAAAUGCAUAUGCAGUGUUACCUUGUGUUACCCAUCCUCCUCGCACCUUGUGGCACAUAGGACCUUCACAGAGCAUCUCCACCUUUCCUGGUUGGCCACUAACACCCUCAUUUCCUCCCAUGAGCCCCAGCCUGACUUUCCUUCCUCUCUCAGCUGUACGUCUCCAUGUGGUCUUAGCUUUUCCUCUUUUCUUUUGACCUUCUGGCAAACAGCUAAUUGCAACAUUGCUAUUAUCAUCCCGAUCUUGCCUUAGGAUGUGGCCAAUCAUUUUGCAUCUGUAGCACUAUACAUCCUCACUUAGUGGCUUCAUAUUUGCUCUUUCCAGGAACUCCUUAGUACUGACGUGUUCUUGCCAUCAAAUUCGGAGGAUUCUUCUUAGACGCCUGUUAUGGAACACAUCCACUGCUUUAUUAUCUCCCUUGUUCAUUUUCCAUGUUUUGUACCCAUAGUGCAUAUAGUGUGCCUUUAAAAAAGAUGUGUAAUACACAAUUGGACUGUAAUUAAGUCUUGAUUAUACUUGCUUUUAACUAGACAUAAAUCAUAUGCAAGAUAGCUGUCACAUGGUUGUUUGAAGUGCUGUUCAUGCAUGUCCUUAAAAUUCUGUUAGGUGGUGCAAAACCAGGGUAAAUAGUGGGGUAGUGAAGCACCAUGUGGCUGACUAAACAAACUAUAAUUGUAUUUCAAAUUGCAUACUUUUGUAAUAUUCUAGACAGUUUUUGAGUACUAAUACAAACCAUAUUUCAAAAUAAAUGAUCUUUUGAAUAUGAAAAAUCACAA